AUGGGCUUUUCGCACUACGUUGUUAAAGCAAUACUUAGAAUAUCCAUUACGAUACUGAAAAAAGCAAUAUUACGUCUCAAGGGUGAACAGAUAUUUACGAAGUCCGAUUUAUUUCACUUCACCAGACUUACAACCGGCUACAUCAAGUCCCAAACCAAUGCCAACAGAGAAUUCCCCGCUAUCCAGUCUAAUUACUACGAUGAAUCAUGA